AUGGCGGACUUGACAAGCGAAAUCAUCCAGGUUGACGUUGGCAGCGGCCAGCGCAAGUACUACAUCCACAAGGACAUCCUCUGCGCCUCGUCUCCUUUCUUCGCCAGGGCCUGCAACGGCAACUGGAAGGAAGCGAGGGAGCGCCGCAUCGAGCUGCCCGAGGACGAGCCGGAAUGCUUCGACAAGUACGUGCAGUGGUUGUACUUCAACGAGCUCUUCGUCGAAGAGCGGAAGAACGACUGCGAGGCGCUCCGAUGGAGGGACUGGCUGGACGCGUACCUGCUUGGCGACAAGCUGCUCGAUCAAAAGUUCAAGGACGCCUGCUUCGACAUCGUGUACAACCAGUACGAGAACGGCGGGAGUCUCUCGCCCAGCGACCAAGCCAAGCUACUCUACGAGAACCUCCCCGAAUCGGACCCCUAUCUGCGCUUGUACGUCUACGUCUCGGCGUACUGGACGACGCUGGAUGACUUCGAUCCGGAAGUAUCUGCUGACGCGGCAAAUGCGCCCAUGGAGUUCUUUCGCGACGUGGCGAAGGCAUUGGUCCAGAUCAGAGACAUGGCUGAUAGCAGCAACCUCGAGGCGACUAAACUCACGCGUACCGACUUCUACCGCGGAGUCCACAGCACUACAAGCUGA